AAACAUGGCGGCGCUCUGGGAGAUUUGCAGAGUUACUAUAAACAUUCACUUUUAUGCGAAUAAAAUCCAUCAGUGAGUAAAAUAAACGCACCAAAGUUUCCGUGUUAUAUUAUAUUUAGCACACGUUCGUAAAUCGUGAAAAACGGUUAACGAUCUUCUCUAUUUAUACUCAUAAACCUGUAAAAACUACUGCCAUUGUAGUUUUGUUUGUUUCUACAUUAUUCGAGUAUCGGACAAUAGACCGCCGCAUGUUUGAAAACCGGAUCAAGUAGGAAUAUCCAGCAUCCGACAUUGAAUAAUACGGGCUAACUGCAUACACGUACAUUAGAGAUUAAACAGUGCUGUAAAUAAGAAGUGAGUAGAAGUAUGUAAAUUGAGAUUCGUGUUUAUAAAUGCUGCAUUAUUCUCAUCAUCCUAAACGAAGACUUGUUUCAACACGAACAGGAAUAACUCCAGGUGUUACAACUGAGAUCUGAGUGAUAAAUCAUUGUAAAAUGAUGUUUAUUAAAGAAGAGAGUGAGGACAUGAGUUAUCCAGAACCAUGCAGUUCAAAUGCCAUGAAAGAUGAAGAGACUGAGGAACAAAGAGCAGAAGAGAGAGUGGCGGUGAGAAAAAGUAAUGCAAAAAUCUGAUGGACGUUAAAGAGGAAAGUCAAGAACUGAAUGAAGUGGAAAAGAAACACCAUCCAGAUCAGACAUGUCAUAAUUUCAUAACUGGACAAAAUUCUGUAAGUAAUUCAGAGACUGAAAAUAAUUUCUCACAAAAAAGGACUCAAAGAGCAAGAGGCAAAAAUUCUUUCACCUGCUGUCAGUGUGGGAAUACAUUUACACGUAAAGCAAGUCUGAGUAAGCACAUGACAGUCCACACUGGCGAGAAGCCUUUCACCUGCCAUCAGUGUGGGAAUACUUUUACACGUAAAGCAAGUCUGAGUAAGCACAUGACAAUCCACACUGGUGAGAAGCCUUUUAAAUGCCAUCAGUGUGGGAAGAGUUUCAGACAAGCAUGUAGUCUCAAAAGUCAUUUGUUAUUUCACUCUGGAGAAAAGUCAUAUAGCUGUGAUCAGUGCUGCAAAACAUUUUCUUCUAGAUCAGUCUUAAGAACACACUGUAAAAUUCAUGCAAAUGAGAAACCUUACUUAUGUUCACUUUGUGGAAAGACUUUUUUAUAUGUGGACAGUUUAAAAUACCAUCAGAGAAAACAUACUGAUGUGAGAGAUCAUGUAUGCUCUGAGUGUGGGAAGGCCUUUCACAGAGCUUCUGACUUGGAACGUCACCAAAGAGUCCAUACUGGAGAAAAACCUUACAGUUGUUCAUAUUGUGAAAAGGGUUUCACUAAUUCAGGAAACCUGACAAAACAUGAGAGGGUGCACACUGGAGAGAAGCCAUACAAAUGCACUUCAUGUGGGAAGAGUUUCAUUGAGCCAGGAAACCUGAAAGCACACAAGAGAGUGCAUACUGGUGAGAGGCCGUACCACUGCACUUCAUGUGGGAAGAGUUUCAUUAGGUCAGGAAACCUGAAGGUACAUGAGAGAGUGCAUACUGGAGAGAAGCCAUAUAACUGCACUUCAUGUGGGAAGAGUUUCAGCCACUCAGGCACUCUACUGACUCAUAGAAAAAAACAUUGUCCAGUGUUGUCACACUGAGCUUAGUUCAUCUUUGUUUGCAUGGCAAAUAGUAUGAAAUUAAAAAAGAUGGAAUUUCUCUGAAAAGAACAAUUACUGUAAGUGGGUGAAUUGUUACAUUACUUGUAGUGCUGAUUGAGCUGUCAUUCUGUGUAAAGGGUAGAAAGACAUUUGUACUUUUUCAACAAACUAGAAGGAAGUCAAAGCGUUAAAACCAUUGUUGAUGCUGUGAAAUGGAAAGAUUUUUUGUAUGAAUUCUAUGAUUGAGAGUAGCAAUAGUGCUAAAUUAUGUUAACAAUGACGUAAUUAUUCUAUUAGUCUGUUAUACUGUAUCUGUAUCCAUUCAGUAUGUUGUUAGCUGUAAUACAUGGAGAACUAAUCCACUGAAAUCAUUAAGAGUCUAUGAGUAGUCUACUGUAGGGUGUUUAUAAGUUAAUCAGUCAAAACAUUGACUCUGUUUAAAAAAAAUAUUUUUUUAAAAAUAAUGUUAUUUUGCUCAUUCCAUUAUUUUGAUUUUGCACUUUGCAAAAAUCAGUGUAGCUUGGGCAGGGGCAGCUUUAUCUAAUCUUUUUGUUUGUUUGUUAACGCCGGGUUCACACAUCCUCUGUGAGCGUGGCGUGAGCGGCGCAUUUUCGUUUCGCCGCCCAUGUUAACAGAUGACACCGCUUACACUGAGUUGUGCGGUGAAGCAUCCCAGACACGGCAGUGAGCGGACAGUUUCGGCGUUGAGCCUAUUUUUACACUAAAAUAAUCAGAUUAUUGAAAAAACACAAAAUCAAAUCAAAAUUAUUCAAACGGAACCUAUAGUACACUACAAUUUAUAUGUCUGCAUGCAAGUAAACUCAAUAAAAUAACUUGGUAAAGGAAAAAAUUAAUAAACUGACCUUUUGCCAUUCUGUGUGUAUAGGUGAACAAUCACAAGUGUGCUGAUAAAGACGAAGUGCACGUGACUGCCCACUGUUGUCCCCGAAGCAGCAAUAAAAUCAGCUUAUGACCUUAUUAAAGAAAAACUUUGGUGUAGGACCCCAUAGAUGACUUUAUUUUCUGCACAGAGGCGCUGCUGUUUCUUGCAGAAGAGACACGGCCAAUGUGAACAUCCAAUGCAACCGCCCCGCUCACGCACCACUCACGGAGGAUGUGGCAUAAUUCAGUUAAAACAUAGUGCUGCAGUGUUUAUUUAAAAUUAUUUAGUUUAUGAUUCAACUUAAUUACAUUAUACAGUACAAUAGCGUGAUUGUAGUUACAAUAGUGAACUAGAGUGUGAAAUGUUUAGUUUUUUGUCACAAUGUAUUGUGCACACUGCAGCCAAGCAAACCAAGACAAUGGGCCUCAUUCAUGAAACGCGAGUAGAACGAAUUUUUGUGUAAAUCGUUCAUAAAGCCGGCCUGAUUUUUGGAUUCAUAAAAGUUUUCGUAUUUUCAAAACGUUAGUCAGUACAAACAAAAUGUUCACCUGCUCCCGACCAUGUGUAAAUUGUGCGUAAGACAUCUGAACGUGUUGUGUUCUUUCAGACAAACUGCCAUGUCUACAUUUUGAUAGAAUUCAAAUUAAAUAUGUAAUAAAAAAAAUUAAAUGAGUAAAAUAAACCUUAAAAAAUAACGAAUAAUAAAAAAAAAGAAAAAAGCUUUCAUAUAGAAAAGUUUCUAUGUUGCUUGCAUUUAUUUAUAACUCGUUUAUUUUCAGCAGAAUUUCUUGACAUGGGUUUGCAUUUUAUUUUCUCUGAAAAUAGUAAUAAUGCCCUCUAACGUGACUGGCUGGACUUUUUUUUUUUUUUAUUUGAUAUAAGCUCUAUUAUUAAAAUGUAAUAAUUAUGUAGGAUAUAGGCAUCAGUAAAUCGCAUUCAGUUGACGUAUGGUCAGUGGUAAAACAAUAAAUGAACACAUCAUGGGCAGGUGCAUAAACAAUACAACGGGGGAAAAGAAGAAAAAGCCUGCACACUACCAAAUAGCUUUUAAAUCUGUAAUAUCUUACAGUGUUUCGGUCAAAGACCUUCUUCAGGCAUUCUAUCCAUUUUUUAAUUUUGUUCCUGUUGCAAGGGAAGUAUCACAGUACAGUCUUGGAUUUACUUGAGAAGUUUCUCCAAAGAUGCUGGCGAUGUGCUCAACUGAACCAGAGAAGGUGGUGGACAUGAACUGAACAUGUUUUACACUAAAGCUUCAUGUCAAAUCAUUUUUAUUGACCUCUUGAACUGUUUCAUUCACAAAAGAACCUCUGAUGACAGCAAAGAUGAGAGCAAGUUCCUCAGUUUCUUUUUAGAUGCAAGUUUUUGCUAAAUCAAUAUUUUACGAUGUGAAUGCACUCCAUUAAAAAAACAAAAACAACAACAACCUUUAUUACUGUUCACAUAUAUGUUAAAAGCUUCCUAUUCUCAUUUACUAGUGAGUCUGAAGCCUUCCUUAUAUGGCAUAUCAUGGGUGUGGAUUAUGAUAAUUGUGAAUGAACGUGCACACGCACUCUAUUUAAGAAUGUUUGUAAUUCACUAACAUACACCAGUUGUACUAACAAAUCUGGGGAAUAUGAAGCGUUUGUGAAUCCACCGGAAAGAUUUCAGGAAGCUCCAUUUUACGUGGAAAUUACUCCCAAAUCUUUCAUAUUUAAUUUUUUUUUUUCAUGAAUGAGGCCCAUUGAGCGCUGCGAUGCGUUUAAAACACAAACAUGACAUCUGAGGGAGACUGCAGAAGCUUUUGUUCUCCUUUGCUUUAUUUCCAAAUGUUCCACAGUUGCUGCUUUGUUUGUUUCCUUAACUUUUCAUUGCGACUGCCACAGCAUUGCACUGCUAUAGUGGAGAUUUCCUCUAUGUCAGUUCUAUGAUUUAGCUCAUCAACUCAUCAGUUGAGACUCCAAGACCUGAAUUGGGUGUGUCAGAUAAGGGAGAAAUACACUAAUACGUCAUUCUCCAGGAUUCCGCCAGCGCAAAUGCGGAUGCGGGGGUUCUAGUGAUUCGUUUGGACAGUUUAUAUAAAUUAACCAGUUCAAAUAAAAAUCACAGAUUCACUUGACCCCUGCAUAAGUCAGCUUUGUUUUCAUUCUUUUUUUUAAAGUUAAUCAGCAUGUUUUUUCCGACUCAGUUUUAUAAAAUUGAGUGUUUUAUUACUUAAAAAAAAUAUAUCAAUCUUGUGGAGCAGUGAAGAGCAAGAGACCGACACAUUUGGUAUAGCGUCAGGCCUCGGAGAAGCUUUAAUUUUAAAUAAUAAUCAACAUAAAAUGUCCAAAUAAGGGAAUUAAAGUGUUCAAGGGGGAAAGUGUUCAAAAUGAAGGGGGAAUCUGGUAUCCUUGAGUUGAGACAGGGGGUUUCUGUAGGUCGGGGUGUGCUAAUAAAAAGGUCCAGGACUUGAGCAAGGUCUGGCGAUCGGACGUGCUCCCCUCCUAGCUUCAGGGGCUGCAGCGUCUGAGGGGAAGUGCGGCCUGGCUUCUUAGCCCGUCAGUUGCGGCGCGUGCUGUCAUCCCCAGCAGCACAUCUAAAUUGCGCUGGGGUUCCAGAGAGCAGGUUGGGUGGCACAUCUAAUUCAGCCGUUACCCUCCCCAUGCUCUUUGACCUGCAAGGACGCCAGUGUGUGCACACAAGGAGAUAGAAGCCGGCUUCCCAAGGAGAAGCACGCUCUACGUUUUAAUGGCAGCUUGAUGAGACUAUAUUCAUAUCAUGUAUGCCUCAUCAUACGCUGCCAAAUUGAGGCUUAUUAAAUUGCACCUUGUGAGCCUGGCUGAAGAACGACCCUUAGAAGUGGGGCAACGAUGACGAGAGGGAGAGGCGGGUCUUCCGCCACAUCCCCCCUCCCCUCCAAAGCAUUGCCCCAGUGACACCUCCUCCCAUGCUCCUAUCCGAAUAUGUCCAGAGGUGCACACUCUUCAGCCAUCAACACAGGAAUGCUACUUCCUCAAACAGGCCCUAUGGUCAGAGUGGGCAUGUAAGUGAUAAUCCCCCCAAAUCCCACUCAUGUGCUGGACCAUCCUGUGGACACUCUAUUCCCCAUUUUGGACAUUUUCUGAUGUUUAUAAUUUAAAACAAACACCUCUGGGAGGCCUGACACCACACCCAUUGUGUCUGUCUCUUGCUAACCUGGCCAAAUAAAUUGAGUUUGAUUUAUGUGUUGAACCUUGCUCUUGUGCAUGAGAACUCUUUUUUUCCAGGCUGAAAAUAAACUUUCUUUAUUUUUUGUUUAUAAAAUAAACAAGAGUUCUCUUGAGUUUUUCCUUCAUUAUGAUAAUUCUCUGACAUUCCAUUAAUCUUUCUAUGUAUCUCACUAAGUAUUGUCACAACUGAAUAUAUUAUUUUAUUCAACAGGUACAGGUGUUCCUAAUAAAGUGUUGGUGAGUGCAUACACACUGAGCACUUUAUAAGAAAGACCUGUAUACCUACUUAUGUGAUUAUCUAACAGCCAAUCAUGUGGCAGCAGUGCAUAAAUCAAGCAUAUAUGGGUCAGGAGCUUCAGUUAAUGUGCACAUCAACCAUUAGAAUGGGGAAAAAUGUGAUCUCAGUGAUUUGGACCGUUGCAUGAUUGUUCGUGCCAGGCGGGCUGGUUUGAGUAUUUGUGUAACUGCUGAUCUCCUGGGAUUUUCACGCACAACAGUCUCUACAAUUUACUCAGAAUGGUGCCAAAAACAAAAAACUUCCAGUGAGCAGCAGUUCUGCGGACAGAAAUGCCUUAUUGAUGAGAGAGGUCAACGGAGAAUGGCCAGACUGUUCGAGCUGACAGAAAGGCUAUGGUAACUCAGACAGCUGCUCUGUGCAAUUGUAGUGAGCAGAAUAGCAUCUCAGAAUGCACAACAUGUCAAAACUUGAGGCGGAUGGGCUACAACAGCAAAGGACAUUGGGCGCUUUAUUAAGACUAUAGUGUUCCUUAUAAAGUGUUCAGUUAGUGUAUACAUACACUACCGGUCAAAAGUUUAGGGUCACUGUGGCAGUGGGGGCAUGGUCAAGCGUCCAUCCGGAGAGAGAGAAAGCAGUAAGGGCGCUUGCACCUGAGCUAGAUUAUGUUUAACACCUGUCUCUAAUUCCAGUGAGCAUGGGGAGAGUGGCGUAUAACCAGCCACGCCACCAGCAGCAGAGUGAGAGAUUCUGGCACAAGAAAGGCCACGGUGUACCCGAAGCUGAAGCGGUUUAAUCUGUUAUGUGUGUGAAGCUGAUGUGUUGAGGUUAUUACAUUCCUGUGAAGCUGAUGUGUUUGUUUGACUACCUGCUGUGAAUCUGAUGAGUUUGUGAACUUGAAAAACCUUGAAGUGGCCAAUUAAAAAUCUUACCUGUGCCAGAAGAAACCCCGCUUCCCUGUGUCUACUUAAACUCAUUCUUUAUUAUUACAUUUUUUCACAUUUUAGAAUAAUAGUAGUCAUCAAAACUAAAAAAAAAACAGAAAUGGAACUAUGGGAAUUACACUACCGGUCAAAAGUUUUGAAACACUUACUCAUUCUUUAUUAUAAUUUUUUUUUUUUUUUCACAUUUUAGAAUAAUAGUAAAGUCAUCAAAACUAUGGAAUAACAGAAAUGGAACUAUGGGAAUUAUGUUGUGACUAAACAAAAUCCAAAAUAAAUCAAAACUGUGUUAUAUUUUAAUAUCUUCAAAGUAGUCACCCUUUGCCUAGAAUUUGCAGACAUGUACUCUUGACAUUUUCUCAACCAACUUCUUGUGGUAUCACCCUGGGAUGCUUUUUAAACAGUAUUGAAGGAGUUCCCAUCUAUGUUGGGCACUUAUUGGCUGCUUUUCUUUAUUAUUUGGUCCAAGUCAUCAAUUUCAAAAACUUUUUUUUAUUUAUUUAUUUUUUAUAAAUUUUAGUUUUAUAAUGAAAUAAAUGAAUAUGGUGGCACAGUUAUAUUUUUGUCUACAAAACUAAUUUCAAACUUUUAAGCAUACACCGUCAGAUCAAAAGAUUUUAAGAUCAUGAGAAACAUUUCAGUCAAGUGUUUCAAAACUUUUGACUGGCAGAGUAUGUUAUGACUAAAUAAAUCACAAAUAAAUAAAAAUUAUGUUAUUGUCACAGUCUGUCUCUCUCAUGUUCUUCAAGGACUCUUAUUUUGAAGUUUUCCCCCAGACUUCAUUUCCCAGAAUUCUCUGCCCUAAUCACUUCCACCUGUUCCUUAUUUUCCUCACCUGUAUUCCAUUCCUUCAUUUAGUGCUUUGUGUAUAAAUACCCUCUAGUUUUGUUAAUUCAUUUGUCAGUCCUUGAAGUGUUUCGAGUUAAUGAAGUGUUAUGUUGUGCUUAGUUUUUUUUUAAGAGUUUGUGUUUGUUUCCACUCCAGCAAAUGUUCUAUUCCAACGAUAAUAAAGGAUUUAAAUAUU